UCGGAAUUGGGACCAAAACCCAAAUCGCAGCCUCCCCGCCGGUUUCUUGUUCAUGAACGUGUAGCCUUGCUUGCAGCUGCAUCGAGGGAGUACUGCUCUGCGAGGUUCAUCUAACAUGGGAGGUAAGGGCAGGGGUGGCAGAGCUCGUACUCAGAGAAACCAUUUUCGAGAGAGCAGAGAGAACGUUUGGAAGCGUUCAAAACCCGAUUCUAACUCUGCCAAUGACACCAAGGAUGGCAAUAGUAAUCACUGGGGACCUUUCCAAUCUCAAAGCCACGCGUUCAAUGAGUACUACAAGGAGCAAGGGAUAGUUACUGCGGAAGAAUGGGAUACAUUUAUUGAGGUUCUUCGUAAGCAAUUGCCCGCCGCUUUUAGGAUCAAUUCUAGCGGACAGUUCUGUGGGGAAAUACGUGCCCAGUUGCAAAAUGACUUCAUGAAAUCUCUUCAAUCUGAGGUCACUGAUGGUGAUGAAGCUGGGGCAAUUAGACCGUUAUCUUGGUACCCUGACAAUCUUGCGUGGCAUUCAAAUUUCUCAAGAAUGCAACUGCGUAAGAAUCAAGCUCUUGAGAGGUUUCACGAGUUCUUGAAGCUAGAAAAUGAAAUUGGUAACAUUACAAGGCAGGAGGCUGUCAGCAUGGUUCCUCCUCUUUUUCUGGAUGUACAUCCAAAUCACUAUGUGCUCGACAUGUGUGCUGCUCCAGGCUCCAAGACAUUUCAAUUACUUGAGAUCAUACACCAGUCCAGCAAACCUGGAGAUCUACCUGGCGGAUUGGUAGUGGCAAAUGAUUCAGAUGUCCAAAGGUGUAAUCUUCUCAUCCACCAAACUAAAAGAAUGUGCACUUCCAAUCUAAUUGUUACAAAUCAUGAAGCACAACAUUUUCCAGGAUGUCGAGCACAUACCAAUAUCUUAAAUGCUUCUGCAGCAGGGAGUGAUUUAAAUCCUCACAACACUCAACUUACCUUUGAUCGCGUUCUAUGUGAUGUUCCCUGUAGCGGAGAUGGUACUCUUCGCAAGGCUCCAGAUAUAUGGAGGAGAUGGAAUUCUGGGGUGGGUAAUGGUUUACAUGGCUUACAAGUGCAGAUAGGCAUGCGAGGUGCCUCUUUACUUAAAGUUGGUGGAAGAAUGGUUUACUCAACCUGCUCAAUGAAUCCUGUUGAAAACGAGGCUGUUGUUGCGGAGCUUCUGCGGAAAUCUGAAGGCUCUCUCGAACUAGUCGAUGUCUCAAAUGAACUUCCACAACUUGUUCGUCGGCCUGGUCUUAAGAAAUGGAAGGUGCGUGAUAGGGGUGUAUGGUUGGCAUCCUACAAACAAGUUUCUGAUCAUCGCCAGAGUGUGGCAAUACCCAGCAUGUUUCCUUCUGGCAGAGGCCGUAAGAACCAAGCAGACAAAAGUCAUAACUCAGAGUUGAGGGGAAAUCAUCUGGACGGUUCCAUUGGAAGUUCUGCUGAUGUAUCUGAGCCAACAAUGGAUCCUGUACAUGAGUUUGAUGAGGUUUGUGAAUUUCCAAUCGAGCGUUGCAUGAGGAUAGUGCCUCAUGAUCAAAAUAGUGGAGCCUUCUUUAUUGCAGUAUUACGCAAAGUUGCCCCUUUGCCAGCUGCUACUGAAAAACCAAGUUAUCAAAAUUUGAAGCCUGUAAAUGACAAGUCUCGUUGCAAGCCUCCACAGAGUAUUACAAAUGGAGCGAAUGUGGACGUUAGUGCAUCAGUUGGGAUGGAUGAAAGCCCCUCAGAAGUUGGGGUUGAUUCAAAUAAUCAAGGAGAUUUUAAUUCUGCAGACAAUAAACCAGCUUGUGAAUUCCCAGUUCAGGAUAUUGAAGGUACAGAAGGUUUGGACGGUAAUGCAGCAGAUGGGAUAGAUAAGCAGUUCUCAGAAGCCGAUUUAGAGGUUAAUUUAGUUGAUAAUGAAGUGAGUGUAAAUAAUUUGGAAAUUACUGCUAUUGAAGAUAACUUAGAGGAGUCUAAGCAAAGCACUGUGAAGAGAAAGUUACAGAUUCAGGGCAAGUGGAAGGGAGUUGACCCUGUUGUAUUGUUCAAAUAUGAAACAGUUAUUGAUAGCAUUAAGACAUUUUAUGGUAUUAAUGAGGCUUUCCCAUUGUUUGGCCACCUUGUGACUCGAAAUACUGACACUAACCAUGUGAAAAGAAUCUAUUAUGUAUCGAAGUCCGUUAAGGAUGUUCUUGAGAUGAAUUUUUCAGUCGGGCAGCAGCUUAAGAUAACAUCUAUUGGUCUGAAGAUGUUUGAGAGGCAAUCAUCAAGAGAAGGUAGCUCUGCACCUUGUUCAUUCCGUAUAACGUCCGAAGGAUUGCCUGUGAUACUCCCGUACAUCACCAAGCAAAUCCUAACAAUGUCUCCCAUGGAUUUCAAGCAUCUAAUACAACAUAAAAGUAUCAAAUAUGCAGAUUUUGCUGAUGCUGCGUUUGGUGAGAAGGCAUCAAACCUAAUGCUAGGUUGUUGUGUGAUAGUUUUGGGUACAGGUGGUAACACCUCUUCAGAUGUUAUCAAAGUUGACGAGUCGACUAUAGCCAUUGGGUGCUGGAAAGGGAGGUCCAGUCUGAGUGUUAUGGUAACAGCCAUUGAUUGCCAAGAAUUACUUGAAAGGCUUUCAAAUCGGCUUGGAAAUGAUGUGUAAUGCACAGGCAAGGCAAGCUUUCUAAAUUCUCAUGUUGAAGCUAAUCUAAAUCUUGGGUGAAAACCGUGGGAUAAUUUAGUUUAGACGAUAGUAAUACGUGGGAUUAGUUUAGCAGCUUCAGUUCAACUGUAUAAUCUUAGAAAAGUUGAGCCUUAUCAUUGCUUCUUGUGUAUCAAAUAUUUGUAGUGGCAGCAUGUUGUUGAUUUCUUCAGACUAAUGUCAUUUUUUAGGAGGAUUUAUGUUGAAAGAGAGUACUAUGGAGGAUAUUUUCAAAAAAAAAGAAAAAAAAAAGGUUGCUGUUAUUUUUA